AUUUAAAUACUGUCAUUUACGAUUGCCAUAACUUUUCUUUAACUGUUUGCUUUGAUUUUGUCUCGUAUAUUAGCACUUAGAAAUUUUUAGUGUCCCAUUUGCAUAUAUUCCUUCACUUGAGCUUCAUAAAUAGGAUUUUAUUUCGCUUGACAAAUUUAUCAGUUUGCAUUGAAUUAUCAUGGCCCCAAAGUCUGCUUUCCUGUAUACAAUGAGAAAAUAUUGUAGUCAUCAAAAAAUGUGAACUUGAGAAUUUUGACGAAUUUUCCCCCACUUUUUUAUUUCGUAGUUCCUAUGAUUCAGGCACUUCCCCCCCCCCCCUCCUUUUAGAACAUUAUUGUCGUAAUAUCAGGAUCCGAAAUUAAAGUACAGGAUUGUGAAUACUUGAUUUAACAUUAAAGAGGAUUUUGUUGGGAGCCAUUUAGUAAAUAGAAGACAUACGAACUAUUCAAACCUUUCUUACUAAGCAUAAAUGAAUAAAUAUUGAGUGAGCCUACUUAUAAAACUGUCUAAGAACUGGAAUAAUAAUAUUAGAACAAAGAAUACAGUACAGUAUCGUUACCACAUAAUUUCACCAAGCUAGAAAUAAUCAAUAAGCAUUAAGAAUAGAUUAAAAUGGAAAAUUUUAAAAAAAAAAAUACGAAUCCGGCCAGAAGAUUUUAACAAGGUUCUCUUCAAGCAGGAAUUCAAAUUAAGGCCCUUUCUUCAAGGAUUGACGCCUCAUGACCUAAAAAUCCAAGGAAUUAAGGUUUUUUGGAAAACAAUAUAAAAACAAGAAAUUCAGCCUUUAUGAAAUUCACAUAAAUACAAUUACAAAUUUAGUAAAAGAACUGUUUAAAAAAAUUCGAAUCAAAGCAAUUAAAGCUGGAUAUAGAAAAGGUAAAAUAACAAUCUUCAAAAAAGUAAACAAUCUAUAAAACAAGAAGAGCAUUCAUAAGUUUUAAAUUUAUAAGCUAUGAAUUAAACCAAACAUAUAAGUUGAACUUAAUUUUUCUCUAAAAAGGAGAUGUAACUUACACCUGAACACAGGUGCAACUGUCAGUUUUGAGCAUUCCCGCAUUUAAAGCUGAAAACUACCUAUUUUGGUCAUGAAGGGUUAAUUUUUGAACAAAAGUCAUGCCCUUCAUGGGGGGGGGGGGUAAUCCCUGUCUGGAGGUGAUCCUUGAUAAAUACUUUCAGGCCUGAUUCGUCUGGUGUGGAAAAGGGGGGGGGGUGCCAGCUCAGGUGUCGUUCUCGUCAUCUGUCCACGGUUCGAAAUUACAAGAUGUUGCGAAAAUAGCGAGAUGAAACUAAAAAAUUAACUGUUUUUUCGAAGAGGGCAGAAAUAUACGCCAGUAUAUGUGGAUGAACGGCAUAUUCUGAUGCUAAAUAACAUCUGUUUUGACUUCUGCUCUGUCUUAGUUGAGACAGGAAAAAUAACAGAAAAUGGAGAUGAAUGAAGAACAUUUUGUUAGUGAGUUGCGUGUUGAAGCAUCUGAUACUGAUAUAAAAGUUACAAGCGAAACUCGAUUGAAUGAAAACCACUUCAUAUGUAGAGCAUGUGGGAAAACGUUUGCACUGAUUUGUGAUUUAAAGAGACAUAUUUGCUAUACAAAGGUAAAUGCGUAUUUAAAUGUAAGGCCUUAUUCUUGCAAUAUUUGCAGUAAAACAUAUGCUAGAAAACGUUGUUUGAACUAUCAUUUACGUGUCCAUACAAAUGAGAAACCCUACACUUGCACAGUAUGCAAGAAAGCAUUUUCCUACAAACUUGUUUUAAAGAGGCAUUCUCGUACUCAUACAAAUGAAAAACCGUAUUCUUGUGACCUGUGCAGCAAAGAAUUUUCUCACAAAAGUACUUUAACUGUGCAUUAUCGAACGCAUACAAAUGAGAAACCUUAUUCUUGUGAUGUAUGCAAUAAAAUGUUCUCUCAUAAAAGUAAUUUAACUAUGCAUUAUCGUACUCAUACAAAUGAAAAACCUUAUUCUUGUGACCUGUGCAGCAAGAAAUAUUCUCAGCACAGUACUUUAACUGUGCAUUAUCGUACGCAUACAAGUGAAAAACCUUAUUCUUGUGAUGUAUGCAAUAAAAUGUUCUCUCAUAAAAGUUAUUUAACUGUGCAUUAUCGUACUCAUACAAAAGAAAAACCUUAUUCUUGUGACCUGUGCAGCAAAGAAUUUUCUCAGCAAAGUACUUUAACUGGGCAUUAUCGUACGCAUACAAGUGAAAAGCCCUAUUCUUGUGACAUAUGCAAUAAAAUAUUUUCUCAGAAAGGUAAUUUAAAUCUACAUUUACGUACUCAUACAAAAGAAAAACCUUAUUUUUGUGACGUAUGCAAUGAAAGAUUUUCCAGCAAAAGUAGUUUUACUAUGCAUUAUCGUACUCAUACAAAUGAAAACCAUCCCUAUGAUGUAUGAAAUAUAAUAUUUUCUCGGAGAGUUGAUUCAAAUGCACAACAUUGUUCUCAUACAAUUACUCUUGUUAUGUGUGCAACAAAAAAUUUUCUGGGAAAUGGCAUUUAAAUCUCAUCGUGACUUCUCUUUCGAAGAAAAAUAUAUGUAAUUUUUUUAAUGUUUGUGAUGAAAUAAAUAAAUAAAUAUCUCUAAAUAUUGUAUAAAUGUAUUUUAUCCUCUUAGCCAUGGAAUCGAAUAAAGUAAAAAUAAGGUUGUUUUAUGUUAAUAUGAAACAUUUUGUUGUGAAAGCAAAUCCUUUUCAUUACCGAAUUAAAAGACCGCUUUGGGAUUUAUUUGGCUAACAUUUUCUUAGUUGAUUUAUAUACUAUGUAUACUUUAGGGUAAUUAUGAAAAAAGUUAUAUAUAUUUUUUUAUUAUUAUGUGCGUUAUGCCAUCUUGACCCGAAUUAAUCUUAAUCGACUCUGUCUUAUUCGUUAAAAUGUAGAAUUUUAUUUUU